UGCAAGGCUGGUGCCAGCUAAGCAGACUUCUCUUUCCAUGAGCAGUAUCCGCAAUUGAUUAUGUGUGGUAGGUAAUAUUUGGCAAAGGUGAAAUGUGAUAAAUUUUAGUAUUGCAUGCUAGUUGCCUUUGGCAUAUGCAAACAGGUGUAUGGCUGUGUAAAGCUGUCUGUAAGACAUCGAGUUUCAGCUUAUUGUUUUCUUCUUCUUUAUUCUAGGAAAUUUCAGCUUUAAGUGAGGGACAAAACCAAAAUUGUAGCUGCUUUUUUCUUCUCCCUGUUGUGUCAGUUCCAAAGUGUUUGAUUUAUUGAUACCAAGCAAGAUGAAUGGCUCGGGAGCAAGAAUUGGCCCAAGUCACCCGAAGGUCUCAGGGGAUGCUGAAGGUCACAUUCUCCCUGGACUCUUUUUAGUUACCCUAGGUCUCUGGUGGAGCACAAAGAGUAUUUUGAAGUAUAUUUGUAAACAGCAAAAAAGGUUUUCCUUCCUUAUUACCCCCCAAUUUUUAUCUCGAGCAGAAAUUUUGGAGGGAAUUGCGAUUAUUGUCGUGGUAUUAGUAGCAAUGACUGGCCAAUUUUAUUGGAUUGUAAACGUAAAACCAUCACCACAUAAAGAAAUGCAGGAGGACCAAAUCCGGAAUUGGCAACAUGUCAUCAUUUAUGUUGUUCUUGCAAUGCUGGGUGUGAUCAAGAUCUUAUGUUUCACCAUUAGUUCACUGCCAGUCUCUUUGAUCACGUUAAUGUUGUCAAAUUCCUUCUUUGUGGAAGCUUUCCUCAUUCACAACCACCCUAAAAGCCUGAUGGUGGUGGACAGCUAUGUGCAUCAACUGGUGAAGUUCACUGCGUUAUUGGCUGGUCUGACUGCCUUUAUAGAAUUCCUCCUCGCAAAGAACAAUGUGGUUAUGGAGCUCCUGAGGUCAAGUCUCACCAUGCUCCAGGGGGCUUGUUUAGCUCAGAUUGGUUUUAUUCUGUACCCCAAAGAUAUGGAGCAUGCAUGGGACCUGAAUGAUGUCAACAACACUGCAAUUCUUUCCAUAUACUUUGGUGUUUAUUAUGCAUCAACCUAUGUCAUCAUUGGAGUUAAUUAUGUUCUUGUUAGCUGGUUCAUUAAGUGGAAACUUAGCAAGGUCUACCCAUCAGAAAUUCAAUUUCUGAAAAAUUAUGAACAGCAAGAAGACUCAGAAGAUGGUAUGUGAUUUUUGUUCCCAAUUACUUCAGUUCUCCUGGAGAAAAAGUUGACCACAUCUCUCUAAAGGAUAAGAGGAGUGAUUCCUGGUGUGUAUAGUAACAACGCUAUGAAACACUGUGAAAGGAGCAUUAUAGCAGUGCCUAUAAGAGGAGAAAGCUACCACAGCAUUGAAAGCCACCAUUGCCCCCACACUGUUAAAGCAGGUGAAUGAUUAACACAUGAAAAACCUUCUUGUUAUACUAGAAACCAUCAUCCAUGC